GAAGAUAUUCAAAGAAUGAAAGAAAUGGGAUUUGGAGCUUUCAGAUUCUCAAUUUCAUGGUCUCGAGUGAUACCUAGUGGCAGAGUACGUGAAGGAGUGAAUGAGCAAGGAAUUGAAUUUUACAAAAAUCUUAUAGAUGAAAUUAUAAAAAGAGAAAUGGUGCCUUACGUAACUAUUUUUCACUGGGAUACUCCUCAAGCUCUAGAAGAUAAGUAUGGCGGCUUUUUAAAUUCUGAAAUUGUGGAUGACUUUCGUGAUUUUGCAAAUCUUUGCUUCGAAAAAUUUGGUGAAAAAGUAAAGCAUUGGAUCACUAUAAAUGAGCCUUGGUCUUUGGCAUCAUUUGGUUAUGAUUUAGGCGUCCAUGCCCCUGGCCGAUGUUCCGAAUGGGUGAAUCGAGCAUGUUCUGAAGGAAAUUCAGGAACUGAACCUUAUAUAGUUUCACAUAAUCUACUCCGUGCUCAUGCAGCUGCUGUUGAUUUAUAUAGGAGAAAAUACAAGGCAAAACAAAAUGGCAUGAUUGGGAUCGCACUGAAUUCUAUGUGGUUUGAGCCAUACUCUAAUAGCAUAGAGGACAAAGAAGCAGCCAAAACAGCUCUUGAUUUCAUGUUCGGCUGGUUUAUGGAUCCUAUAACCUAUGGUCAAUAUCCAAGGAGCAUGCGAAUUUUGAUUGGAGAUAGAUUGCCAAAAUUCAAGUCUAAAGAAUCUAAAUUGCUCAAAGGAUCAUAUGAUUUUAUUGGAUUAAACUACUAUGCUGCAAAUUAUGCAAAAGGAAAUGCUGUUGUUGAUCCACAUAAACCUACAUAUUCAACCGAUCACCAUGUUCAUCAAAAUUUGGGCCAAAAUGGUGAACCUAUUGGCGAAAAGACUUACUCACCCUGGUUUUACAUCUAUCCGAAAGGCAUCCGAUAUCUUUUGAAUUACACCAAAGAUGUAUACAAAAAUCCAACCAUUUAUAUUACUGAGAAUGGGGUUGAUGAACACUAUAAGCAAGGGCUUGAAGAUCAUUUGAGGAAAAAAUAUUAUCAAGACCAUCUUAAGAAUGUACUUCGAUCCAUCAAGGAGUAUAAUGUUAAUGUGAAAGGUUACUUUGCUUGGUCAUAUGCAGACAACUUUGAAUGGAAUAUUGGUUAUACUUCUAGAUUCGGUUUGAUCCAUGUAGAUUACGAAAAUAACCGAGCAAGAGACCUCAAGCAAUCAGCUAAUUGGUUCAUGGAAUUCCUGAAAAACAAGACCUCAGGCAAUCAGCAAAUUUAUGAUGAUGGUUUAUCUCAUUUAUAUAGGGAUUAA